AUGGAUAAUUUAUGUAAAGAUAUAAAAUUUUUUAUCACAACACCAGAAAUAGUGUCGAAGAAGAGAAACCUUGAUGAAGAAUUUAAACGCAAGCAAUCUUCCGACUUAACCAUGAAUAUGAUAAUUCAAGGAGGUACAGCUUUAGAAGCUAAACCUCAAAAUAAAAUAUUUAUAAAUGAAUCAUCAGGUACAAUUAUUAGAAGAGAAGAAAAAAACAGUCAGAACCGUGAAUUACGACGUUCCGCAUCUUUGUCUGUUGAAACCCAAUCUACACCUAGGUCUAAACAGUCAAAUUCAGCAUCGCCUAAUACAGCAACUAGUGCUUAUUCAAAUGCGAUUUCCAGUUCAUCAAAUAUAACAAACGGAAAUAUAUUCUCAAGCCAACUUACUAGAGAGCCUGAAACGUAUGAAGAACAUAUCAACAAUCUUGCUGAGGAAUGGGCUAGUGUACUAUUAGAUGGAUCCAAUUAUCCAACUAGUUCUGAUCAAGAAAUUUUUGAUCAAGAGAAUGAUACUACAAAUUUAUGCUGCUGUUCAUCAAAUUCCAAGAUUAUUACUGAAUUAUAUACAUCAAGCACAUCAUAUCAUGCACCAGCUUGGCAUGAUACUAACAGAAUGUGUGCCCAUAAUGAAUUGAAUGAGACGCCCCGGAAGCUCGAAAAAAUCUUUCGAUUUAAACGUCAAUCUCCGUUUAACAACAAUCUUGAAAAUUCCUGCUAUCCUGAUGUUAAGAAAGUCUCCUUUGA